AUGGGAUCCUCAGAUCCUGAGCAUGCUUGUAGCGAAUGUCGGAUUCGCAAAGUUCGAUGCGACAGCAAAUCGCCCUUGUGCUCUAGCUGUCUCAAGUCAGGAUUGGUUUGCCAAUACACCAAGGGGAAGCGGAUUGAUCAUACCAAGAAACUGGUAAAUGAUGUUCAAUCACUCGCAACUCGCUUACAACGAUUUGAAGAAGCCCUUGUCCGAUUUUCAUCUAGCGUACAAGCCUCCACCUCGCCUCUCAGCGAUGUCUCGACCACCUCUUACAGCCCCAACACUCGGCGACCAAGUGUCGAGGAUUCAUGGAGCAGCUCGAAUACCUCUAAGGGAAGCCAGGCGGGCGGUCUAUCAGAUCAGUCGAUUGUGGAGUCUCUGGGGAGUCAUGGAUAUGAGCAAUUGAGCUGGAUAUAUGGUGAAGCCCAAGCUGCCGGUGACCAGUUUGUCUUGUCAUUGUCACCAUUGAACAGUCCUGAGCCGUCAGUUGAAGACCCCUUCACUUCUACAUCGGUGCUGCAAGCCCAGAUUGCCGAUGUGAGUGCGCUAUUUCAACGACUGGCCACGGACAGCCCUUUACUGUUGGAUUUUACUCAAGUCAGUGACCAGCCACCCUGUCUUCCACCACGAGCCCUUAUGGAAGCCUUCAUCGAUAUAUACUUCACCGAGAUCAGCCCGUUGCUUCCGAUAUACGAUCGACAGAGCGUUCUGACAGCGAUGAAAAUUCAGUAUGAAACGCUGGAUGCCCCGGAUCCAGCCUGGAUCGUAUCAUUCAACAGCAUUCUCCUCCAGGCAUUGGAAGGAAAGUGCACCGCAGCGAAGAAGACGGGCGCAAUGCCCCUGGAAGCAAGUCUCAUCAUCCACCUUUUGCAGAAUAUCCGGCGAUGCUUCAGCAACUUUCAAAGGCUACUAGAACCGCGUAUGGCAAACGUGCAAGCCCUUCUGAGCCUGGCUUUGGUUGCUCUUAAGUACUUCUAUUUUACUGUGUUCGAGACCGCCUUUACCCAUGCCUGUGAGCUCGCCAAGUCAAUGGGACUACACCGGAGCAUGGGCAAUGCCGCGAACCUAUGCGCGGAGGGUCAGAAUCUGUUCUGGUGUCUCUUCAUUGUAGAUAACCACGCUUCCACCAUAACUGGCACGCCCUGUCUCUUGCCAUCCUACGACAUUGGUCUCCCGUUCCCCACACGUUCCGGUAUUCUGCUCAAUGACCAAUUCGGCGCGCGCAUCUCACUCGCUCGGAUUCAAGGGGAAAUCUCUCGCAGACUUUACGCCAGCAUGCCGCGCCUGAGCUGGAAACGCCUAAGACGGCGUGCCUAUAAGCUUGUCCGACGCCUCAACGAUUGGACCACCCAGCACAGUCACAUUCUCUACCCUCCAGCCAGCACCACCACCACCGCACAGCAGGCCAUUGAACUGCGAUAUGCCCUCUGUAUCUGCCAUGUGCUAGUGCAGCGCUGCAUACCUGCUUCAGAGAGUCACCACGCUCGACUCGAGCACGCUCGCACGGGGUUACAGCUUCUUCAGGAACUAUGUGAGAGCUACCAUCCGGGCGACAGCAUUUCCGGCUUCGCUAUGUUUGAAAGUAUUCUCCUACGUUACCCCCUUGUCCUCUUUCUCGAGGUUUACAUCCAUCUCCUCAGUACGGAGUCUCAUGACAAUCCAGCUGCCGUGACCUCCGACGUCAAUGCCCUUGUUUUCUUCGCCACACGCGCGGAGUGUCUUGCUGCCAACGCUUGUAGUGGUUCUCAUGCCGAUACUAUCCGCUCUAUAUCUCAGCUCUGUAGUCAGGUUGCUACUUCACUUCUGCAGCACGAGCGAAUUCUUCUAGCACAGACACCAGCACCGCAUCAUUCCGAACCAAGCCGUGAGCUGGGGCCUUUGACAGGGAAUAGCCAGUCCAUAGGUCAUGGCGACGCAUGUUUCUGGGAUACUGAUCUCGAGGUGAUGAUGGAUGGCUAUGGUAGCUACCAGAGAUAUAAUGAUGUAUGA